GGGGGAGGGCCAUGGCCGUACGGAAAGAUGGCGGCGCCCACGGGGAGGGUGUGAGGCGCUGCCGUACCUGGGCGAGCUCCGGGGUUUUUGUCCAGCCGCAGCGAGUUCUUCUGGGGAAAAACCCGAGCUUUCUGCCUUUGUUUGCCUCCGGGGACGGGCAUCGGCGCCGGGCCUCAGCAGCGCUGUUGCCGCCGCUGCCUCUGUGCCUGUGUCACUGCUCCCGAGCGCUGUCCCAGUCGUCUGUGUGGAAGUUUGUGAUGUCCGUGGUACAUCGUCUGACAGCGGGAUGGCUCGUGGAUCAUCUCUCUUUCAUCAACCAGUGUGGCUAUGAGAUCUGUAACUCCUUUGCAUGCCCUGGCGGUGUCACUGUCAAUACUUCUGUCACAUCUACUGAAGACUGUCAUGGUUCUUCUACCUUUGUUGCCACCUCCUCAUCAAGCAGUGGUCCUACUCAUAGCCCUGAAGAUACCAUAGAAACAGAAGGUAAACCAGCAAAAAUAAGAUAUGUGUUUCGAGAGGAGUUCUUUGACAUUUCUAAGCCCCAUAUAGUUGCACCUCCUGAGGAGCAGCUAUGUCAGGGGUGCCCUGAAAUGAAUCUGACAGAAAUAAAGGUCAACAGUAACAGAGAGGAACACCAGGAAGGAACAAAGAGUGGUGUUGAAGAUUCUGUUGCCAGUGCUAGGAAGAAACGUAAAAGGAAAUGUUUGUUCAACCAAGGUGAACUGAAUGCUUUGGAAUACCAUUCAAAGGUCAGGAAACUGAUUUGGGAAGGCACUCGGCAUUUAGUCCAAGAAGGACUCAAAAGUGGUUUUCUUCACCAAAGGACCGCAGAACCCAGUUACAGGAAGAAUAAUGUUCCUGCUGUCUCUGGGUUGGCUGAAUUAUGUGAAAUGGCAAAGCAGUUUCCAAAUGUGAAUGAAGGUGACCAUCAGUCUGUAUAUGUGCUAGAGGAUGAAACCUCCAGUCCAGAGCAGGACCUGCUUUCCUGUGUUACAGAAAACACCUCAAACCAUGCAAAGAUAAUUGUGUUAAUGGGGCAGAAGUACUUGGUGCCACCAAAAAGCAGCUUCCUUUUAUCUGAUAUUUCGUGUUUACAGCCCUUGCUGAACUACAAGAAAAAAUAUGAUGUAAUUGUGAUUGAUCCACCAUGGGAAAACAAGUCUGUUAAAAGGAGUAACAGGUACAGCCACUUGUCUUCAUGGCAAUUCAAGCAGAUUCCUGUACCAACACUAGCUGCUCCAAAUUGUCUUGUAGUCACAUGGGUAACUAAUAGACAGAAGCACUUACAUUUUGUUAAGGAUGAACUCUAUCCCCAUUGGUCAGUGAAGAUGCUUGCUGAGUGGCACUGGGUAAAAAUUACUAGGGCUGGAGAAUUUGUAUUGCCUUUGGAUUCUUUGCACAAAAAGCCCUAUGAAGUUCUUGUAUUGGGGAGAGUUCAAGGAGAUGGAAAGGAAGCUUUAAGGAAAUCUGAAGGUGUACUUCCAAUUCCGGAGCAUAAGUUAAUUGUCAGCAUACCCUGCACUCUGCAUUCACAUAAACCUCCUCUUACUGCAGUUCUGGCAGAGUUUAUCAAGCCAGAUGUGGAAUGCUUGGAGCUGUUUGCUCGCAACCUCCAGCCUGGCUGGACCAGCUGGGGAAACGAGGUCCUGAAGUUUCAGCACAUUGAUUAUUUCACUCUUCUGCAGAAGGAAAACUGAGCUGGGCCUUACACAUCUAUAUCUUCUGAAAUUCUGUGCCUUCCCAGGGCAUCUUGAACUUGUUUUUAUUACUGAUGGUUCACUUAAAGGUAACAGAAAUAAAACAAAUUGCAUUU